ACUGUUGUAAGCAAAGGCAGGGUUAGGCCAUGCAUAUACAGCAAAAGUCAGGUGCCUCCCCCAAAAAAUUGUCUUCACUAUUUGCUCUUCUUCAUUCCUAAUGUAAUAAUACCUGUCUGCCCUGGUUAAUAUUUUCUAGAGGACACUUUGCUUUCAUAAUGUUAUUUAACAGUAUAAAUAAGAGAGGGUGCUGCAGGGUAGUUCUGAUGAGGACAGCAGGAUCCUUGAAAGCUGCUGAUUUUAAUACAAGAAGAUGAAGACUGUAUUUUAUAUAUGUUUGCUUCUGGUUGGGCUUCCUGCUGUUGCCUAUGGUCAUCUUACAGCCAACCACCACAAUGGAUAUGAUCCAAAUGAACCUAAAGACAAUAUACAUCACAAAAUCGAAGCAGUAGCUUGCCUCAAACUAGUGCCAAACAAUGCUGACUUUGCUUUUAAAUUUCUAAAUGAGGUUGCAUUGGAAGCACCUAAUAAGAACAUUUUCUUCUCUCCUGUAAGCAUCUCCACUGCCUUUGCAAUGCUGGCCCUAGAGGCUAGGUCAAUCACCAAGACUCAGAUCCUGGAAGGACUUGCCUUUAACCUUACAGAGAUUCAGGAGAAAGAGAUACAUGAAGGCUUCCACAAUCUCCUGCACAUGCUGAGCCAUCCCAAGAACGGGGUCCAGCUCAACAUGGGGAAUGCAAUCUUUCUAACAGAGAGGCUGAAACCACUAAAAAAGUUCUUAGAUGAUGCCAAACCUUUGUAUCAACUGGAGGUUUUAGCUACUGACUUCAACAAUCCCACAGAGGCUGAGAAGGAGAUCAAUGAUUAUAUAGAGAAGAAAACACAGGGGAAAAUUACUAAUUUGGUCAAGGAAAUGGAUCCACAGACUGUAAUGCUCUUGGCUAGCUUUGUUUUCUUUAGAGGCAACUGGGAAAAACCUUUUAAACCGGAGAACACUGAAGAAAGGGAGUUCUUUGUGGAUGCUGAAACUACUGUGAAAGUUCCUAUGAUGUAUCAGAUGGGCACAUUUGACUUGUAUUUUGAUAAGGAGCUGCCUUGCACCGUGGUACGUCUUCAUUACAAUGGAAGUGCUACUGCGUUUCUAGUUCUGCCAGCAAAAGGGAAAAUGAAGCAGUUAGAGCAAACUCUGGUCAAGGAAAGAGUCCGGGAAUGGUCAGACCAUCUACUCCAGAGCAAAAUACGCCUCUACUUCCCCAAAUUUUCCAUCUCUGGGAGCUAUGAAAUAACAAACAUACUUAGCAAGAUGGGAAUUGUGGAUGUGUUCACCAACCAGGCAGAUCUCUCUGGCAUCACCGGUGUCCCUGAGCUGAAGGUUUCUAAAGUUGUCCAUAAGGCUGCUUUGGAUGUUGAUGAGAGAGGUACAGAGGCAGCAGCAGCAACUGCUACUGAAAUCAUGACUGUAUCUCUGCCUCCAACCAUUGAAUUCAAUCGUCCCUUCCUGAUGCUGAUUUUUGAUAGAGACACAAACAGUACUCUCUUCAUUGGAAAAAUAGUUAACCCAACUACCACUAGCAGAAGUGAGAUAUGAAUUCUAAUUAUUAUUACUGAUUAAAGAAGUUGUGAAACUGAAUGACAUUUAUUUCAAUUUGCACCAGCAUAGUAUACAGUUCUUUUUCAGCAAGAGUUUUCAUUCUACACCAUUAUCAAAAGCUCUUGGUAUGGCUUGUGACAUUUUCUCAGGAGGAAGUACAAAAAAUGUUUUAAAUUUGUCUACCAAAGAAUGACUUUUUUACUUGACUGAAAAACAAGGAAAGACUUGCUAAGAUUUGCCAGUAUUCAGAGAGAAACUUGUAUAACAACAGAAGAUUCCUGCUUAGCAAUUCAUUGUCAUCCAGAAUAGCAGAUAAAAUGAUUAAAACUUAUGCAAACAAAGCAUAAGUAAUUAUAAUUUACCGUAAGUACAUAAGCAGGUAAAUAAGAAAUGAGAAAAGCUGAAUCAGCAAUGUAGGGUCAUGGGAGGCUGAAGCUUCAGUCAGCAUGGGGAACAUGAGGAAUUGUUUUCAACAGGGAGAGAGAAAUCUCUUUUCUUCUCCAUAAAUCUUUUAUCACUUUUAGCAUUAAUCUAGCAGCAAAUAUUCCUGGAAAACUUUCCUUCAGCUCAAAAAAGAGCUGGAGGAUCAAAUCCUCUCUUCAGCCUGAAGACUUUCAACCAAGUAUUGUCUGUUCAACAGACUAGCUCAUAUCAGUAGUUGAGUCCUCACACAUGUAUCCAUCAGUGAUCAGGAGAAUGUAGCUGGAUGAGAAGACGAGGUAUUUGGACAACAAUUACACAAGCAUGUUGUCAGCUGAGAUUUGUAGAAAACAUCUAAUGAGGGUCUAGUGAAGUGCUAUCCUUUUAGAGUUACCAAGGUAGAUAUGUAGGUAUCACCCCAUAAGCAGAUCUCCUGACCCAGGGAGUGGUGACAACCACCCAUGAGAGUUAGGACAGCCUGAGGGCAGGCUGAUAACCUCUUUCAACAGACUUGCUUUGAAAACGUGUACAAGAAAGAGCACAGUUGACUCUUUUCUUAACUACAACUGCAGUUUUGGAAGGAAGUGAAAUGGUGUCACAGCAUCAGGAAACACUGCAAGAGCAGCCACAUGGCUUGGGAAGCAAACAGCCUCAGAUACAUGUUGAAUGGCCUCUGUGAAAUUAGAGCAAGGGUGAUAUUAUCAGUCUGACACAUGUAAGGAAGAGCAAAGCACUGUUUCUCCUUCACAGCCAAAAGGAAAGUUCCCUUUCUAUUCUGUGUUUCUAAUAAAAUUUCUCCUGUUAACUGUCA